AUGCCCAGCAAGAGGAAGAAGAACAAGCGCCGCAUGAGGAGGGUGCAGGCCCAGAGGAGAGCCCUCGAAGAGCAGCACGCAGCCAACCCUCCCGCAAAAGCGAGCCCAGGGAUUGCAGUGUGUGCGCCCCCCUGCAGCAGCUCCAAAGAAAGCGGUGAAACCAGCACCUGCACCUACUCAACUAGCACCAGAAGAGCCUCUGUCGUUGAAGCUGAGAUCGUACCAGAGGCUGAACCUAUCAUUCCUGAAACAGAACCAGUCGCUGAGAUUACACCCCUACCUGCGGCUCCUGUAGAGGCUCCUGUUGAGACGGAGAUCCUGACAGAGGAGACGACAAUCGUAACCACAGAGACAGAACAGACGCUUAUUGUCUGCGAACCAGACAUUGAAGUGGUGGCUGAGGUCGUGGCAGAGGAGGUCGCAGUCAUCGAGACAGAGGUUGAGGCGGCCGUCAUCACAGAAGAGAUCCCCGUACCAGAGCCCGUGGCUGAAGAGAUCCCCGUACCAGAGCCUGUGACUGAAGAACCAGAGGUAGAAGCAGCACCUGUCGUCGCUGACAAGGAGGUCACAGAAGCGGUGGUUGAAACGGUAGAGGAGAUUAUCGAAGUGACACCUGCCCCAGUGGAGAUAGCUGUGUGUACUGAAGCUCCACCUGAGGAUGAUGUAGAAGUGUUGGCUGAAGAAGAAGCGCCUGAAGUUCCUGAGCCUGUUGCAAUUACAGAGGAUGCUCCUGCCCCAGCUGUGGAAAUCCCAGUGGUGGCAGACACCCUCCCUGAGGCUCCAGUGGAAGCAGUUGAAGCCGCUGUAUCAGAAAUUGUAGAGGCUCUUCCCGCCACCCAGGAAAUCCCAGAGAGCUUUGUUGAUGACUUUGUUGUGACAGAAUCUGCUUCAGCAGUGGAGGUUGCCAUCGCAGAGUCUGCUGCUGUUGAACCGGAAAUUGUGGAAGUGACUGAAACUCCCAUCAUCCAAUCAGAAACCUUGGAAGUGGCGCCACCUGAGCCUGAACCCAUUGUGGCCCCUGCAGAGGAAAUUAUUAUUGAUGCCACCUUGGGGCAGAAGUGUCUGGAUGUGAUGUCAGAAGAGUUUAAGACAGAAAUCUGUGAUAUGCCAUGCCAGAUGCAGGCUGCCGUGGAGUCGGUUCAGCUCAAAUCAACGGAGAUGACGGUCGAUGCACCGGCACCCCUGAAUGGACACAUCGCUCCAGAGGUUUCCAUUGAGGGCUAAAUACAUAUCUCACAGCUUGGAAGAAUUUUUAUGUCUUUAUUCCCCAUUGGUCAUCUGGACGACUCAACGUUUCACAGGGAGUCACCCAGCAGACCUUUUUUUAAAAUUUUUGUAGGGCUUACGACAGAACUGCCAGGAAAUUGAAGGGACAUCCACACUCUGAAGUGCCUUUCCGGCCCUUGUUCCUGUCAAAACAGCAAACCAGAUGUCAAAAUGCCAGAAAGGCAGCAGAACAGACUGUUGCCAUUGGUAUGCGGAAAUGAAAACAACAUUUGAUUCUUUUUUUUAUUCUUUUUUUUGGUAUUUCACCCCAAAAGCACGCACGGUGAAUUUGCAUCAGCAGUGGAAGCAGGCGAGCUUGAGAGAUGAGGAUUCCUAAGACAAAAUAGACGGCAGUGCCUGAUACUUUUGUCACUUCUCUCCAGAACACCUGCUUCCACUCUGAAAACACUUACUGCAUGUAAAAACUGUAGAACAAUUGAACGUGGCUCUGGUUUGUACCUGAGCUGGAGUUCAUAAAGAGCGGAGGGAACACUUGUUCUGUUUAUUUUUUUUGUUUCACAUUACAGACUCACGGUUCGUCCUCUCCAGACCCCGUUCACUCUCAGAGACACAUCUGCAAACUUUUCCCUUUUCUCCUUUUUCUGUCCUCCUCACUGCCUCUCAAUAAGUGCCCAUUCUGAGCUUGGUGUGAUGCUCAAACGCAUCCUGGAGCUUUAAAGUUUUUCAAUUUUAUGGCCAUCAGUCUUGGAGAACGACAGUUUGAGGGGUUGAGUGGAGGACUUGUUUUUUUUUUUUUCUCUUUUUCUCACUUUCUCUUUUUUUUUUUUUUUUAAAUUUGUUUUGUAUAGACUGCAUGAUGUGAUACAGUUUUGUAUUCGAAGUCUGUGCUCUGGAGGGGAAACGUAAUGUGAACUGGUUAGGAGUAUCACUGUUGGGCAGGGCUGUUGAUGGGCUGACUUGAUCCACUUUUGAAAUAAAGCUGUAACUCAUCAUGAA